CAUGAUCCUGCGCAUCGCGACUGUACUCAGAGGUGAAGGCGAAAGCAGUCACUAUUCGCUUUAUUCUGCUGCACUCUCAAAUGAACUUAGGUGAAGAAACCCGCAACGGUCGUCGAGGAAACGAUUCCAAAGGUGCCUCCCAGCAGCGUCAGCCUGGAGGCCCUCGAGAUGGCACACCCAAUGCGAACCCGAGCAGGAGAGGGGGAAAGUCUUCUUCGAACGUGAACAGAUCGGCAGACAACGCUUCAAAUGGUCCCUCAUCACAGACAUCCGUUCCGCCACCCGAUGACCAUGUCCCCAUUUCGGGGUUCAACGCAGAAGCCGUGGAAGCGAUGCUGAAGCAGGGAUACGCGGCGAAAGCACCACUGUACAAGCCAGAAUUGAAGCCUCAGACUGCCAAGUCGGAUGGUCCAUGGGGCGCGAAGCCUGGUACGAUGGCCAACGGCAAGGAUUUCUGGCUGGACCUUCGCAAACAGGUCGCUGCUCUACAACAGUCGGGUGGUACCAGCCGCGGUGGCUAAUGGUCGUUGAUGAGGGAACAAACGUCGAUUUAUUCAUCAGCGGCAUUCUAUGCGAGGCAUUCACUUUUCAGCAAGAUACCCAUUGGGUUGGCGCAUUUUCAGCAUGUAGGGCAUUGCAUUGUACAAUUUAUUGCGACUAAGAGUUCGCCCAUCAGAGUGUACAUUUCAGCGGCUUGUCAUGAUCGUGACUUUGGCUCACAAUGACUCAUGAGGGUUGGGAAGAAGAUCCUGUACGGUUGGUCAGUAAAUGAACCUGUUAUGAGGAUUGGUGAUAUCUGCGCAUUGGAUCGCGGGCUCAGUUCUAGAUCUGAUUCUGUUAUCUAUCAGCGGGUACACUACUCUUGUGGACUACGCAGCAAAAGUAUUAAGAACUAGCUUCAUACACAUGCCGGCUUAGCAGCUUAGCAGACGAUCAAGCGCUUCCGGGGAGGAAUUGUAACACAGUCAAACACAGG